AUAAUAUAUACAUUAGAAUUAUACCAUAAUAUUUAUGAAAACGUUCAUAUAAAUCGGACAACAUUUGAUCAGUGCCAUUACCGGGUGAGGGCGCUUUCCGCACGAAAAUAUGCUUUUGUACUUCCGGUUUAUGACGAUCAGAUUGGUGGAGCAUGUCAAGUGAUUUAAAUAGUUUACUUGUUUAAAAAGACCGGUUUUGAUAUCGUCUGACAUGUAUUCUGCUGACAUUUUCACGACCCCCUGACCGUUGUGCAGCAACUUAAGUGUAGAUACUCUGACAAUGUAGAGGUGGUUGGAAGAGGAAUGUUGCAAGGGAGACAACUCUCUUGUGUGAGGCCAACACAAGGGGUCAUAACACUACAUUUUCUAGGUUUCUGAAGAUAAUUUGUGGUUAAUUUUCAUGAAUUCUGGAAACCUGGCUGCCCGCCGCUUCAGUUUUCCAGUGAGGAAAAAGUCUGACGCUCACAAAACAGCCAAGAGUCUAAAGAAAAUCUCUGCUAGUAAGAGCCCAAGCCUGUCCAAAAAGGAAUCAACCCCACCAGAAAAUGCAGGGGCAGGAAGCAAACCAAGGUCGGGAUCGUACAAUUUGAUGCCAGCACCAGAUGACCAAAUGGUUCGCAGCAACGAGGAUUUAGAGAGUGUGGAGGUGAGCAGUAGAGAGAAUGGAAGCAGUGGAGACGGUGCCCUGGACGAUAUUGACGGGGAUGUUGCCACUGGAAGUGAUGCCCCAGAUCCUCAAAGGACUAAAGCUGCCAUAGAACACUAUCAGAGCAAGGUGAACAAGACCAUGGAGCAAAUUAAGGCAGAACAGGCAGCCAAGGAAGAGAAUGUUAAUGAAUACCUACGUUUGGCUGCAAGUGCUAAUGCAGACAAGCAACAGCUUGCCAGAAUCAAAGCUGUGUUUGAGAAGAAAAACCAGAAAUCCACGCAAAGCAUUAGUAACUUACAGAAAAAGCUGGAGGGUUACACCAAAAGAAUUGAAGAGAUCCAGACUUCUGGGGUCACAGGUCACAAGAAAGCCAAGGAAGUGCUUAGUGACAUGGGUCAUGGACUCAAAUUUCGUCUCUCGGUUGCUAAAGAUAGGAGCAAGACAAAGGGAGGUGUGGGUGCCAACAUUGUGGAUGGUAUAACGGGAUUUUCAGGGGGUGUUGUUGGCAACAUUAAGGGAGCCAAAGACACAAUGAUGGCAAAGCCUAAAGAGUUUGCUCACUUGAUAAAGAACAAAUUUGGAAGUGCUGACAACAUUAAUCAGAUGAAAUCCCUGGAGGAGGCGGGUGGAACGGAGGGAGACAAACAGCACGGGGGUACACUGCCGGCGAGGUAUCUUGUUGGUUUUAAAUACCCAUCAGAAGACGACAACUCCAGCAUCCUAUCGGGUUCCAAUUAUGAAGUUCAGAGUAGUCCCUUGUCAAAUUCUCAGAACACUUCCCAACAGUUUCCAGGCCUUACCCCGGCUGCACUUGACCCAAUUUUUCAAGAAAUGGACUUGCUCAAGGAGAAUAACAAAAGUUUGUCAGAAAUGGUGACCAGAUUAACUGACGAAUUGCACCAGUGCAAGAGAUGGUAUGGUACUGAGGUGAGUGCACUCCGACAGUCCCUGGAAGAGGAAGGCUUCAAAUAUGAACGACUCGAGGAGCAGAUGAACGAUAUGACGGAACUUAAUCAGAAUGAAUUUUCCAAUCUCAGACAGAUUUCAUUGCAAAAUUGUAAGGACAUAUCAAGUAUGGAGGAAAAGAUUGAAUAUCGCCUGGAUGAGAGAACAACAGAUCUUCAGGAUAAUGUAGAGAAUUGUCAAACCAGGAUCUCCAAGAUGGAACUGCAGCAACAGCAGCAGCAGAUAAUCUCCAUGGAGAUGGUGGAGAAUGUAACAUUUCGAACUCUUCUGACAAAGCUGAUUAAUGUUGUUCUAGCUAUUGUAGCUGUUAUUUUAGUGGUUGUUUCCACUGCCGCCAAUCUUGUAGCUCCAUUUUUGACCACAAGGGCUCGCAUUCUGUCCAGUGCUCUCCUAGUCGUGGCCAUUGUCAUAGUGGGUCGUAACUGGGAUGGUUUGAUUCUCUGCAUGAGCAGUAUAUGGCAGUAUGUGUUCGAGGCUCAACCUUUCCGAUGACAAUGAUUGACCAUUAUGUUUCAUGGCUACUCACUGCAUACAGCUCAAAUCAAUGCACUGGGGAAUAACUGUUCCUGAAGAGAUGAAGGUGGUGAUUGUUGCUGGACAUAAAAGGGGAAUUAUUUCAGUGAUUAUAUUCUGAGAGUGGUUUUCUAUGGAAGUGAUAUGUUUAAUGUACAGCUUGUGGAUAGCCGUAUAUGAUAUAGAUUUGUGAUGAUUUUAUUUUCUUUGUGAGUGUAUGCAUGUGAUACAUAUACUUGUAUUUUUAUUUGUGAUUGCAUGUUGGAGGAACACUGAUGCCAAAUACUGAAACCCUCCUACUGUAUGUGUAUUGCAGUUGCCACAAAAUUGUUUUUGAAUGUACAUACUUGUAAAAAAUUAAAUGUAUUUUAUUAUAUGUUGGUCAAAAAAUGAAAUCACAUUGUUAAAAAAAGGAUUAAGAAGUGCACAUAUAGACCAGUCACCAUGACAGUGGAACUUGCCAACUUGUAUUUAGAGAGGGGAUGAAACAAAUGGGCUACAGUAUUAUAUGAAUGUGUUAAUGUUGUGUGUAAUAUGUAAUGCUAGCUUUUAGCUUUUCUCUUGAAGGAUUAAAAAAACCCAACAGCAUGUUACCUUUGAUUUGUCACUGGGAGAGCUUCAUUUUAAUUUUAAUAUGACCUUUGCUUGAAUUGAUGUAUGCUGUCUUUUAAUUGGCCAGUAACAUUUAUCUUGACAAGUGCAUGACUAUUUUAUUUAAUAUUGUUGAAUUUUUUGUCAUUCACAAGAGAUAUUUGAAUUGAAAAUGGUAACUGGACAAAAGUGGAACAUCUACACAUGACAAAACAAUUGAAGGGUAAACUUUCAGAGGUGUUCAUAGCACUAUGUAACUUUGCAUGUACAUUUUUAUGCCAGGGUUUCACAAAUAUUGUAUUUUUAUUAAUAUGGAAUCUGCCAAACAAUUUCACAAUAAAUAUUUAAAUUUGUGUAAAAAUGUGAAGUUAGUUUGAUAUGAAAUUUUAAAAAAUUUUAAAAAGGAUUUCAUGUAUCUUUAAUAGCAGGGUUUUUUUUAAAUGGAAAAUGCAAGUUUUUAAUUUUUGUAAAGUCUUUGCUAAAAAAGACAGUUUGUUUUUAACUUGAAAUGUUCUUCUUUUGUUUUGAUUUAGAAGAUAUUGAGUUAAUAUUGAAUUCUCUUGUGACUAAAAACCCUUCCUGCAAGUUUUUUUUUUUUUAUAUAUUAAGAACAUUCACAUAAAGAUUUUUCACCCAAUACAAAAAUUAUUCACUCCAACAUGCUAUAAUUAAAGAUCUGUUGUCGAGAUAAGAAUUUGUUCAGUGCUAUUUUUCUCAUUGACAUUCAGUCUUCAUGUUAAAACAUGGGGAUCUGUGUUUCUCAUUUUUUGGGAAGUCAUUAAAAAUUUUUGCUUAUUUUUUUUUGUCCUGUAAGGUUUUAAAUUUUAUAUUAUUAAUUUUUAUUAUUUUUUUUUGCUUUAUGUUUGCUUAAUGAAAUCUGUCUUAUUUCCUAUUAGUUGGGUAUAACUCAUUGUUACAUAUGAAUGUGUGCUGGUAAAAAUGUCUUUGAAUGUAGUGCAACUUUAUUACAUGGAUGCGCACUGUUGUUCAGUUCAUGAUGUUAAAUUAUUGACAGUUAGACGAUUUGAACCAUGAUUCCUGACAUGUGCAAUAAGUUGAAUAAAGUCGGGGAAAGUAA